AUGGCGGCUCGGAAUAGAAAAACAUCAAUGUCAAAACCUUGUUAUAUUCCUUCUACGCCCCAUGAGGUUGAAAGUGGCGCAGGGGCGGGCUCAUCACAGAGCAGUCAUGGGGUGGGCGGCCAGGUGGGCGAGGCAAAUGACGGUGACAGUAUUCCACACACGAGAAAUGGCAUCCUGAAUACUGGAUCGUCUGCUGUGGGAAUUGAUGUUAUGGCCACACAACCUUCCUCCUCUGGACUCGUUAGGGACGUCAUCGGAAUAUUUGUCGUUGCAUUCGAUACGAAGGAAGGAAAUCUACUAGAAUGGUGUAUCCCCCAGGAGUUGCCUCUAGAAGGUGUAGAGUUCCGUGCUCUCAUCAGUGGUGCCACAUACUAUCACAUCCGACUUCAUGCAAAAUCUCUUGAUGUAACUCAGCUUGUUGAGAAAGAAGUAUCAGUUAAUGUAUCCCCAGCCUUACAGUCUGCCAUUUAG